AUGCUGAACCCAACAUCAGCAACACUCUUUCUCAUUUUCGCACUCGCGAAUCUUACCCCCUCCCUCGCGGCCGCGGUACCAUGCUCCACAUACCAACAAAGUAUAAUGAACCUUCACCAAAAUCAACAUACGACGUAUCCCUCCAGACCAACAAGCAGUGCCAAAGUUGCAGUCACGGAAAAAGAUGUAGUUUCAACUACAACAUCGACCAGGUUUCGGACGAUGGUGGCGACAAAUCACUCUACAUAUACCAGUCCCACACGUACAGCUUCCAAGCAUACAAGUUUUUCACAUACCAGUCCAGCAAAAUCAACGAAAACGCAAACUCAUCUGAGCAAUCAUAUAAGCUUUCACGCUUCUAGGGGUGCAGUUCGACGAGCCCAAAAGUUUGGAGAUAGAAGUAAGAUGACGAGACAUGCACUAUCGCUGACUGAAGGAGUCGCGGUCUCAUCAGCUAUACUUGCUUCAUCUCUCACGGCCCGAUCUAAAAUCGCACGAGCUUUCAGAAGUAGCACGACUUUAGUCGUCGAACCGAUCCAGACUUCCCAAGCAAAAGAUACUUCAACGCCCACUCAACUAUACUCGACGACCGGCACCGUUGGACCAAAACUUGCAAGAUCGUUCGGAACUAGCACAGGGUUAGGCGUAGAUUCGACUACCACUCCGGUGGCAGCAAAAAUUACAAGAGGGCCGAGGAAUAGGAAGUAUAAUACUAGUCAGAGUAUUGAGGUUGGGAGUAAAAGUAAGGGUGCGAAUCCGAGGAAGGAUGGGUUUAAGACUGUGAGGGUGAGGGGGAGUUGUGAUGUUGAUUUGGUGGGGUGA